AUGCCCACCAACGAGCGCAAGAGCUUCUUCCGUCCCUUUACGCGCUCAAAGACGUCCAUCAAGUCGGCGUCCAACCUGCUGACAACGACCCGACUCGAGUUCCGCGCCGUCUUCCGCGCUGAUGGCGUCGCCACUGAUCCGUUCAGCACGUACACCGAGCAGGCGCUCCACGACGCGCUGCAGCUCGCCAUACCCGCUGGCACCAGGGGGAGCCUGACACCAUCCGUUGACUCCAGGGGCCAGCCGGCAGCACUCGUCCGCGUAGUUGCAACCGACUCCCGCGCCCUCUACGAGCUCCGGGCGAUGGUCGUCAGCGGAGACUUUAUGCGCGAGCUCACUCGGCAGCUUCGCGCGAACGUCAAGGAGGUGCGCCGCUCGCAGCGCGUGGAGUCGAUGCGCACCGGCGCGCCCACCAGCCUCCCUGACGACGACCGCGACCUCGACAAGCUCGACGACGACUCUGCAAACGGCUCCGCUCCCGGCGUCACCGAGAUGACCAUGAUGGAUGACGACGACAACAUUUGGGAGAGGAUCCGUCUGAUGCUGCCGUGGGAGGAGAAGUCGGAGAAAGACCGGCGGAAUGAGGUCAAGCGCGAGCUCAACUCUUGCAUCCAGCAGCGCACCGAGAUGCGUGACAGGCUGGCCGAGAUCGAGGCCAAGUGCACCGAGCUCACCGAGCAGCUGGCGACCAUGUCUAAGAGCACCGAGGAGCCCGCCGCCGAGGUCUCCGACUCGUCCGCCAGCAGCGAUGCGGGCGACCCCGUCGGCCCCGUCGCGGCCAACCACGUCGCGCUCGAGGAGCUGACGCCCGAGCAGUUGGAGAUGGUCAAGGAUCUCUCGGCCGCGUACCUCGCCGCGGGCGGCGAGCUCGACGAGUACGGCGACAUCUUCAUCCUCCGCUUCCUCGUCGACCGCGACUGGAAGUACGAGAAGGCCAAGAAGAAGGCCGAGGCGACCGCGGCGUGGCGUGCCAGGAGCGGCGUCAACGGCUUCCGCAAGCAGAUCGCGGGCGGGCUCGCGUACCACGAGAUCCCCAACAUCAAGGAGCUCUUCACGAGUGUCGCCGUCGCCAACUGCCACUCGCGCACGAGGUCUGGCGACCUGCUGACCUUCAUCGACUACGGCUCGCUCGACGUGACCAAGUUCUUCAAGAUGCUCGACAACACGCAGUACUUCGAUAUCAACAACUUCAUCCUCGAGUACGCCUCCUACCACGCCGACAAGCUGACCAAGGAGACCGGCAUCCUCUUCAUGGUCAUCGACGCGGGUGGCAUCGGCCUCGGUCACGUCUCGCUGCGCAUGUUCAUCCGCUUCAAGCCGAUCAUGCCGCUCGCCGACCUGUACUACCCCGAGCUGCUCGGCGGCGCGCGCGUGCUCAACGCGGCGUGGGCGCUGCACCAGGGCUGGAAGCUCGUCAAGCCGCUCCUCUCCAAGCAGAUCCAGGACAUGGUCGGUAUCCUCGACGCCAAGCACACGCAGGGCGCGCUGCUCAAGGUCGCGGACCCGGAGGCUGUGCCCGACUACCUCGGUGGCGAGUGCGCCACCAUCCCGCGCCCGGCGGUCAACGAGUACCCCAGGGCGGGCAUGGACGGCGUGGAUGCUGACGCCAUCUGCCCGGGCAAGAAGCUGGGCGCCUACAUGCGCCGCACGCUCGCGCCCUGA